AUGAAAGCAGUUGUCUACAAAGAUCCCAAGCAGUCGGUGCUGGUUUCAGACCGUCCAAUUCCUAAGCUUCGCGAUGGUUAUAUCCUAGUCAAGACAGAAGCUAUCGCACUCAACCCGACCGAUUGGAAAAGUGUCAAGAACCAAAACGCCAAAGAUGGAACCGGUGUUGGUGUUGACUUUGCCGGUGUGGUCGAGGAAGUCGGCCUCAAAGUAACCAAGUCUUUUCAAAAAGGCGACCGCGUAUGCGGCUUUGUAAAUGGCGUCAAUGGGUCUUACGCAGAAGAUGGUGCCUUUGCAGAAUACAUCAUCGCCAAGGAAUUUACUACCAUCAAAAUCCCUGACACACUCACCUUUGAGGAGGCUGCAACUCUGGGUUGUGGUGUGACUACCGUCGGCCAGGGGUUAUUUGAAAAGGACUAUGGCCUGGGACUGGCUUUACCCUCUGAGCCUAUCAAGGAGCCCGAGUUUCUACUUAUUUAUGGCGGAAGCACGGCGACAGGUACUUUGGGAAUCCAAUUUGCUAAACUGGCAGGAUAUAAGGUCAUAACUACAUCAUCCCCAAAAAACUUUGGCCUGCUGAAGAGCCUGGGUGCCGAGGAGGUCUUUGACUACAAGGAUCCGGAAUGCGGCAAGAAGAUCAACGAAUAUACAAAGAACCAACUCCAAUACGCCUGGGACUGUGUGGCUACUGACCAGACUGCCCAAAUCUGUGCCGAAGGACUCACUUCCAACGCAGGCGCUCGUUAUGGUCAUAUUUUGCACCCGAAAUUUCCCCGUGAUGAGGUCAAGGUCACAUUUACCCUGGCGUACACCGGCAUAGGAGACGAUUUUGAGAAGGGUGGAGCCAAAUACGUCGACAACGAGAAACAUGGCCAAUUCCAAUUGACCUGGUGGGAGAUUGCACGAACAUUCCUUGCCGCUGGAAGAGUAAAACCCCAUCCUAUCAGCCUCAGACCCAAGGGCCUCGAAGGCGCGAUUGAAGGCAUGGCCGCGAUGGAGGCGGGUAACUACAGCGCCGAGAAGCUUGUGUAUAAAAUUUCCGAGACUCCUUGA